AUCCAUUCUGGAAGCAUGCGAAGCACAUCAGAAGGAAUCUGCUUCCUUACCAGCAAAAUUCUACAUAAAGAGAAUGGUUCAGUUUGCAGUGGGAAGUGUCAGUGAGACAGAGCAGGUGGUCACUGAAGACAGCACAGCCUCCCAGCUCAACAGAAGUCACGUGAUAAGGAAAAGACUGCAUGAAAAAAUAUCGGACACCUCAACACUGGCAUCCCAGAUGAAUUUCCACCAAGACAAAGGGCCCAGAUUAAUGAACUAUAGUCAAUCAACAGAAGAUUACAGACAACUCUCUGUGGAUUAUAGUGACUCUAAUAGUAUUUCUGAAAGUACAUCUUUGAUACUGUCUAACCGAGGACACAGGAGAGGAAGAGUUCCAGAGACACACAGAUCAUGUGACACCACACUUAGUGGAUCAAGAACAGAAAGCAGCUACAAGCUCUUCAUAAACAGGUCGGUGAGCGCUGUAGAAGAAAUCCCAGCUGGAACUCAGAGGAACGGCCGACAGAACCUGCUGAGCUUGGGCUCCACCUUCUCUGUGUCCACAAAGGACUACUCAGCAGCUGCUGCAUCACAGAAAUGUUUCUUCCACAGGAAGGAAAAGUUUUCAGGUCCAGAAUUUGUUAUUUUGUCUAGUGAGCCACCAGUGACCUUACAGCUGCCUGGAUCAAUUGUGACUAAAAAAGGGAAAUCCUAUUUGUCCCAAAGGGAUCUCAAUGUGAUUCUACUCAAUGGGCAGUGCCUUGAGGUGCAAUGUGACAUCAAGACCAAGGCAAGAGAUGUUUUCAACACUGUGGUGGCAUAUGCAAACUUGGUGGAACAUUUCUACUUUGGCUUGGCUUACCUGAAAGGUAAAGAAUUCUUCUUUUUGGAUGAGGACACCAAACUCUACAAAGUGGCCCCAGAUGGCUGGAAUGACCAACCCAAGAAGAAAAUGUCCAUCAUUAAUUUCACUCUCUUUAUAAGGAUAAAAUUCUUUGUCAACCACUUUAAUGUUAUUCAGCAUGGCUUGACAAGGCAUCAGUUUUACCUGCAGCUUCGUAAAGAUAUUUUGGAGGAGCGAUUAUAUUGCAGUGAUGAGACUGCCCUGAAACUCGGCGCUUUGGCUUUACAGGCAGAGCUUGGCAAUUAUGCUUCUGAGAUGCAUGGGAAGAGCUAUUUUCGUGUUGAAGACUACGUCCCAGCCAGUCGAAUAGAGAAAAUGACCCUGGCAUACGUACAGCGAGAGCUUGCUAAAUUACAUCGCAUGAAUCGCUCCCUAUUUGAGGAUGAAGCUGAACUGGAGUUUUUAAAGGUGACUCAGCAGCUUCCUGAAUAUGGAGUGUUAUUCUAUCGUGUGUCCCAAGAGAAGAAAGGGACAGAAGGGGACAUCAUCCUGGGAAUCUGUGCCAAAGGCAUCAUCGUCUAUGAGAACAAAAAUCACACAAGAAUUGCCAGUUUAAGAUUUCAGUGGCGUGAAACAGAGAGAAUUUCAGCUCAUAGAAAAAAAUUCAUGAUUGAAAGCAGUUUCAGUGGUAAGAAACACACCUUCAUUACUGAUACAGCAAAGACAUGUAAAUACCUACUGGACCUCUGCUCUGCCCAGCACAAAUUCAAUGCACAGAUGAAUUCUAGGCAACUUCGUCAAACCUCAUCAGAGGACAGUAAAUUUGUGGAAAUAGACAAAUCAAAUUCUGCGUAUGCAGCUCAGCGUGAACACCUUGCCCUUAUUCAGAGACUGUCUCGCUCAGAGAAUGUGCUCUAUGGCGCAAACCUGGAAAACCUUUCUGCUGGGAUGAUGAGCAAAUCUUGUGAUAACCUCAGCGUGGAAACCAACAAUAGGACUAGACACAAAAGCAACCUUGGCAGGUCUCUGUCAGGGCUAUCCCAGUCAGAAAUGCACAUCAAUUUGAAUGGAAAGCAAAGGAGUUAUGAUUUUCUCUCUAUCCAUUCAACUCAGAACACCAUCAGUGCACCUGGAUCACCAGCCACCCAAAAGGAAGUUUUGCUAAGUGGUCUAGAAAGAGAAAUCAUAUGUGUCAGCCUAAAACGUGACCCUAAGAAUGGAUUUGGUUUUGUAAUUAUUGGAGGAGAAAAUGUAGGAAAAUUAGACCUCGGUAUCUUUAUUGCUUCAAUUAUUCCUGGGGGACCUGCAGACAGAGCUGGAAAUAUCAAACCAGGAGGACGACUCAUCUCUGUGAAUAAUAUCAGUCUGGAGGGUGUUUCAUUUAAUACUGCAGUUAAAAUCAUACAGAACUCUCCUGAUGAAGUGGAGCUCAUCAUCUCUCAACCCAAAGACAUGUAUGAAGAAGGAUUAAAUGAAGAAAAGAAUCUAUCAAGAGGAAACAGCACUAGUGGAUCUGAGAUCUCUUGUGUAGACAGUGGGAGAAAAAAGAUUCAGGAUUGUCAUACAGCUCUCCCCAAAGAACAGGACACAAAUACAGAACUUGAGAAGACUCUCCCUUGGAAUUUAGCAUCAAAAUUGGGCCCUAGGAUUCCAGCUCCUUCAGCUAAUAGCCUGGAUAUAGAGGCAGCUGAUUCUUCCCACUUAUCAUCUCCAUCAGAAACCAACUCAAAGGAAGUCUACACGGUGGAGCUUCUUAAAGAAGAUGGGACUUUUGGAAUCAGUGUGACUGGUGGAAUUAACACCAGUGUGCGUCAUGGUGGGAUAUAUGUGAAGUCAAUUAUUCCCAGGGGACCAGCAGAUAAGGAUGGACAAAUAAAGAUAGGUGAUCGUCUGCUGGAAGUAGAUGGCAUCAGCCUCUGUGGCAUCACCCACAAACAGGCUGUGGAACACCUUAAGAAAUCUGGCCAGAUUGCCAGACUGGUUCUAGAAAGGGGAAACUACCAAUUCACAGAGCCUUGUCAGACUGCUAAUGACAGAAAGGAGGACCAAUGUGCAGUUGUUUCUGUGGCAACAUCCCUCACAGAUGGCACCAAGGACUGCUGCUUUUUGACAGAUGAUAACACAUUUGAAGUGAAAUUAACCAAGAAUUCUGGAGGCCUUGGAUUUAGUGUUCUGCAGAUGGAAGGACAUGCUUGUGAACACCUUGGAGGAGCUAUUGUCAGGAUCAAAAGACUGUUUCCAGGGCAGCCAGCGGAAGAGAAUGGAGAAAUUGAAGUUGGAGAUGUCAUUUUAGCUGUGAAUGGGAAACCUCUCAAAGGGCUCCUGUAUCAGGAUGUCCUGCACUUGUUAAGAGGAGCUCCUCAAGAAGUUACACUGCUACUUUGCAGACCACCAAAAGGUGUUCUUCCAGAAAUAGAGCCGAUUGCCCUGACUCCAGCACCAUCUCCAAUUAAGGACUUUGUGGCAGAAAUGCCAGGCAGCACAGGGGCAGGAAACAGCAUGGAUCAGUCUACCAGUGAUGGAAGUAGCACCUCUCCAGACCUCGAAGACUGCCUUGAUUCUCCAGUGGGAGAAGAUUUCAGUGAGCCUCCUGAGGAUGACAGCUCAGCUUACGAAGAGCAGGAAGCUGAGUUUCAAGAGAAACCCAUACAGAAACUCCCAAAUUCCAGAGAAAGUUUCUAUAAGCAUCUUUGGAAGAUUCAUCAAGAAGCUUCCAGUUCUGAAGUCUUCCACUCUCUAGAGGAGGAAGUGAAGCAGAACUGCUACUCACCAUGUGAGUUUGGGCAGGCCAAAAGCUCAAUGUCUGUGACCUCCCUUCCACGAGGAGGAAGCUCCAAGACAGUCUCUGCAACCCCACAGCCACGUGUUUGUGGUCCCUCAUCACCAUCCCUGCCUGCCAGAGAGACACAUGAUAGUGACAAUGAAUGGGAAGACUUGGAGGAACCUGAGGAAGAGAAGGAAGAAAAUGAAGAGUGCAUUCAGGAAAUGGAGAUCUUUGUGACUUUGACAAAGUCAGAGAACAAUGGUUAUGGAUUCUCUGUAGUUCUUAACAAAAUCGACACCUGCCUGUAUGUUGAUGAAAUCUUGAAUGAUCCUGCCCUUUCUGAUGGAAGAUUGAGAAGGGGAGACAGAAUCAUUAUGGUGAAUGGAAUUGAUGUCACAUCUUUGCCAUGCAAUGAAGUCCUGACUUUACUGCAAAGCUCUCCUCCAGAUCUGCACCUUGUGGUUGGCCGUGCUGACAGUGACCCACGUCCCUCAGUUAGGCCAGAGGACAUUCCUGAAAUUACUCUCACAAAGGGUGCUGAUGGACAGCUAGGGCCACCAGCUGAAACAGAGAAAGCCAAUAUUUCUUUGUCAAAUGAAAACCUGAACUCCCAGGAACAGCAUCUGCUGCAUCAACAUGAGAAACAUUUGGAGGAAACAAACUGUGAUGAUCAGCAGAACACUCCUGAUUCUCCAGAAUGUAAAGACUUCAUUAUUAAGAUUGAGCUGGAAAAGGCAGAAAAUGGAAGCCUGGGAUUUGCACUGGUAGGUGGAAAAAAUGGCAGGGCUAUUCUAAUAAAAGCCAUCAGCCCGGACAGCAGUGCAGACCUGGAUGGCAGACUUCAAGUUGGUGACAUCUUACUGAAGGUGAAUGAGACCUUUGUGUCUGGUCUGCCACGCCAAACAGUCACAGAUCUGCUGCGCAAGGCACAAGGCACCGUUCAACUCACUGUCUGCCGAAGCCUGGCUUUGCACUGGGCCUACUCAGGCAACCAGAGCAACAGAGCUCCCACUCCAAACACAAAGGCAGAGCCUGCAAGUGGUGGGGAAAGCCUGCAAGCCCAGCCUGUUUUCAGUUUCAAGCAAGAAGGCUCCAACCAAAUGUGCAACAAGGAUGCAGAAAGAACAGACAAAUCUCCUCUGCAAGGUCAGCUGGCUGGACAAGACUAUAAGGACCUCAUCAGUAACGUUUCAGACAGGUCACAGAAAUGUGCAGAAUGUGAAAGUUGCAGAAGAGAAAAUCAACAGUCUGAAUCAGGCAGCUGGAGCAAUGAAGAUGAUGUUAUGCCCCACAGGAUUCCUGUUCUACCUAGAGACAGAACCUUUGCUUCUGGAGAUGAACUGACUCAGUUAAUUAACUUGAAACCAUCACAGAGUGGAGUAGAUCCAAGGACUGGCAUAACAGGUCUUAUUCAAGGACUGCAGCUGCAGAUUGAGAAUCAAGAGGUGCUAAAGGAGUUUAUGGCUUUAGAACAUGUGAAGCCAAUAGAUGACUGCAGAAUUGGCAAAGCACCAGAAAACCAGAAUAAAAACAGAUACCGAGAUAUCCUUCCAUAUGAUAAGACACGAGUUCCUCUGGGAGAAAAGAAUGGCUACAUUAAUGCAAGUUACAUUAGAAUGAAUGUUGGAGAAGAGGAACACUUUUAUAUUAUAACCCAAGGGCCUCUUCCAUCCACUAUGGCUGACUUCUGGCAAAUGGUCUGGGAGAGUGAAUCAGAUGUGAUUGCCAUGAUGACAAAAGAAGUGGAGUUAGGGCAAGUGAAAUGCCAUCGAUACUGGCCUGAAUCUCCCUAUAACUCUAGAGAACUGGCUAAUUUCUAUCUCAGGCUACACAAUUACCAGCCUCUGGAAUACUUCAUAAUUAGAAAAAUAGAAAUUAUCAGCAAGCAGACAGAAGAAAAGCGCAUUAUAAGUCAUUUGCAAUUUACCACUUGGCCAGACCACAAUACUUCCAAACUGGCUGAGCAGCUUGUAAAAUUUAUUUGUUACAUGAGAAAAGCUCACAGGAGAGGACCUAUUAUUGCUCACUGCAGCACUGGCAUUGGAAGAAGUGGAGUUUUGCUGUGUGUUGAAAUUCUUCUCAGCCAUAUAGAAAAAGAUUUAUGUUUCAACAUCAAGCAGAUAGUGAGAGAUUUGCGAGAUCAGCGUUUUGGCAUCAUCCAAACUAAGGAUGAGUAUUUAUUCUGUUAUGAAGUUGUGCUGGAAGUCCUUCAGAUCCUGCGAGCCAUGGAUUCCUACUGAGUAUGAUUCCUACAACAUGACUCUUCCUGUUGCUAUUUCACUGGACUCCAGGGACUGCUCUGCAACUACUUGAAAGAGAUGUCAUGCCAGCACAGACAAGUGUUAUAAUAUAUGCUUUUGUAGAUUACAAAGUAAUUUAAAAACCUUGCUUAACGUGUCCUGUGCAAGUCAUUUAUUUCUUGGCUCAAAGUGUGCAGAAACAGCCUGCCAGCAGUGCAACACUGCUGUGUCAAACUGCUAUGGACAAUUUUUGCAUUCUGUGUGAUAACAUAUUCAUUGUUAAGAAUAUGUGUUGGGACUGUAGCAAGGAUGUAGCAGCCUUUGGAAUUAGCUUUAGUAUCCAGAGGGCAACUAUAAAGAUCUAAGAUUCUAUUGUUGUUAAGGUAAGAUUAGUUGUCCCUCAUCUAUUGUUGUGCACUGUUUGCUUCUGGACUGCGAAUCAGUGUUUAGUCCACCAGUUAUGCUUUUGCAUGGAAGGACUCAGUUUGGUGACCUUUGGUUGCUUUAACAAUCUAGACCCAUUUCCUGCCCAUGAGUUUAUACCACUAUCACCAGACAUCUUAAAUCAAGAAAUUGACAUAAAAAGUAGGAUGCCUUUAAACCCUGGUCCUCUUCAAAGGAAGAGCAUUCUAAUAAUUGGAUGGAAUAUUAAUUUUUUCCCAGCAAUAUGAACAGAUGUAGAUAGCACCAAUAUUUUCAUUCCACAUCCAUAGAAAAAGAAAUGCAAUACUAAGCCCAGUGAAACAAUUGUGCGUGCGUUGUGGUACACACAAACAUUUCAUCUUUCCCUAAUCCUUUACAUUGAUUAUCUUCUCAUUCUUACCUAGGAUCUGAAAUAUGGGAUGUCCUGCUGGUUUCAGUUGGGGCCGAAUCAGAUCUUUAAAUUAAAGAACUCUCUGUACAGUUUAUUUUUCUUGUAAAAAGUGUUUUUGUUCAUGUGGGUGGAUUUGAACAGAAAUCUGCUGUUCAAGGUGUAAGAUUGUAUUUUUUUUCCAUUUGUUGUACUUCUAAGUCCUUAUCUAGAAGGUGACAUAUAGAAGUGAUUAGAUAUGCAUUAGAAGAUAUGCAUUAUUAGAUAUAUUUACAAGGAAUGCCUAUUAUUAGAUAUGCAUUUCUUGUAAACAUAGGAAACUGAAAAAAUCUAACUAAAUUGUAUAUAUUUUUAAAACUUGGUUUCUGCAAAAGAGAAAAGAUUAGGAGGCAUUGAGUAUAAAACUGCAGUUGAAGCAAGAAAAUAAAAUAACUAUUUAUUUUAUUACCUAUUAUGAAUUAGAGGUUUAUAAUUCAGAAAGAAUGGGGUAUUAAAUAAAAAUUUAAAGUAUGGCUUUUAGAAAAAGCCACUGUAAUACAAUUAUAAUUAAGGACAAGGCCCAUUUUUUCUUUCUGCUUUCCAAUAGUCUGAAGGCAGUCUCCAAUAUAGAAAUGCAAUUAUGUGAGCCAGAUGCUAAUUUCAAACUUUAUUAAUAAAGUUCCAGAGCAAUGCUAAAUAAAUUCAGGAAUAACCCUAGAUUUAUAUAAAUAUAAACAUAUAAAGAACUCAAUGUUUUGUCUUAAAUUCAUUGAAUUUGGUCCUUCCUUGAAGCAUUACUCUCCAUGUACUCUGCAUUUAUUAUCUCUGUGUUGCAUACGAAGGUCUGUUCACACAAUUUUGUCAAAUAUCAACAGCCAAUUUUUUUCUCAUAACUUUUUAACCUUAAUUUGGUAUUUGGCCUUUCACUUUAAUUGCUUCACAUGUACUAGGCAAUCAAUGCAUUACACUGUAAUGAAUACACAAUUCAUCUUUUGUACCACAAUAAUUUAAUAAGCUUCCUAGUAAAAAUAUUCCUGUAUUUUAUGCAAAGGUGGUUUUUUUUUCUGUGUGGCUUAGAACAAGUAUUCUGGACUUAGAAGACAAAUCUCAAAGGUCAUUAUUUGUACAUCAUCUUUGCAGCUGUUUGACAGAUGUGCUUGCUGUUUGACAUAAGUUUUUCCUGUUUUACAGAGAUAUUAAAAAAAUUUAUUAAAACAA